AUGAGUGAAGCCGAGGAAAUGCGCGUCGAUCCCACGAGAGCCCAGGCUCUCAUCUCGCAGCUAUCGUCUGUCAAGGAGCGCAUCGGUGGCCUCGCCCAUGGCCGUGAUGUCAGGCUCGUCGCCGUAUCCAAGCUCAAGCCCGCCAAUGACAUCCUCGCCCUCCACCAGGCGCCCGCCUCCCACCGUCACUUUGGCGAAAACUACACGCAGGAACUCACUCAAAAGGCACAGCUCCUCCCCAAGACCAUACAAUGGCACUUUAUCGGCGGCUUACAAUCAGGUAACAACUGCUACUCCCCUGCUUCUCAUCGACAGGUCCACAGCGGCCCGUUGACACACCUCCCAGGCCACUGCAAGACGCUCGCCAAGAUCCCCAACCUGUUCUGCGUCUCAUCCGUAGACACCCUCAAGAAGGCAGCCCUCCUCAACACCACGCGCGGCGCCCUCCUCGCCUCGGACCCGUCGCUGCCCAAGCUGUCCGUCCACGUGCAGGUCAACACGUCCGGGGAGGAAGCCAAGUCCGGCUGCGCCCCGGGCGAGGAAACCGUGGCGCUGUGCCGCGAAAUCAUCAGCAACUGCCCGAACCUGCACCUCCUGGGGCUCAUGACCAUUGGCGCCAUCGCGCGGAGCAAGGCCACGACCGCGGACAAUGAAAACGACGACUUUAUCGCGCUCAAGCAGCAGAGGGAUCUGGUGGCCAGGCAGCUGGCGCUCGACGACGCGAGGCUGGAGCUGAGCAUGGGCAUGAGCGAGGACUUUGAGGGCGCCGUCGUUUUGGGCAGCGGCGAGGUGAGGGUUGGCAGUACGAUUUUCGGCACGAGGCCCGCAAAGGCCGAUGCAAAGAUUAAGGAGUAG